AACAACUCUGUUCGCCUUCAAAGAUUUUCUCUCCUGCUUGAGAAAGCGUUGUCAAAGAAAGGAGUACUAGUUGAAUGUAGAGGUAAAAAUCACGGAUUCGUUUUUUUUCUGUGUGGAAGAUGGACUUUUAACUUUACCAUGAAAGCAAAACUUCAGAUAUUUUGAGCUUGAUGCUACAACACUAAAUUAAUUCUGCUUUUUCAGCUGUUUUUUUUUUUUUUUUUUUUCUCAAUAUUUUAUACAUUUUUAAUUUUGGGCACAUGGACUGAUCAACAGUUUUCCUCAUCUCAUUUUGGAAUAAUGAUUCACACCAUUUGGAUUAAAUUUUAUUUGGGGAUUUAACAGCUGUAUGACUGACUGUAUAUGGUACAGUUUCCAAACGCUAUGGAGCUUCCUUUACGAAUUCAUCUUUUCUCAGCUUUUGUCUCCUGUAUUAAGGUAUAUGCCCAAGUGGUGCAACCUGUGAAGCAUCCAGGCCUGCAGGUGUUGGCCACGGCCUCACAUUACUGGCCUCUCGAUGAUGUGAAUGGAAUCCAUGAAUUGUGGGACCGGAUUGGAAAGAGACCAGGUUAUGUUAACGGCAGUAACAUAACACUCAGAAUCCACAACCACACUGUGCUCCCUUCCUCCCAUAACUCUUCCUAUGUGUAUACCAAUGACUCUGCCUACACUAACAUUUCUGCAACAGUAGAUAUUGUUGAAGGAAUGGUCAACAAAGGCAUCUUUCUGAAUGGAGAUAACGGUGGGACAUUUCUCCACUUUGGGAACUACCAGAACACUUGCAUCAGUGAUCCUACUUUGUGCGGUCCUGAGGGGAUUACCUUCUCCUUCUUUUGGAAAAACCAUGAAGCAGAGUCACGCUUUGCUGUGGCCUCUGGAGGGAAAGUUAUCUCCAAUGGAUUUUCUGUUUUCACCAAUCCCUACGGAGGAUAUGUGGAGUUUUACACGCGAGGCAACAACCACAGAUGGAAGGCCAACAUCAGCGUUCCAGGGCCUUUCUGGACUCACAUUCUCUUUACCUGGACUAAGAUUAGUGGUCUGAAAGUCUACAUCAAUGGGACUUUCACUGUUGGUGACUCAACUGGCAGUAUCUCAGAAAACUACGGUGACCCUCACCCUGACCUCGUCAUUGGAACAGGCAAUGGAAGGUCAUACAGUCACUACGUAACAGGGGCCUUUGAUGAAUUUGUCAUCUGGGAAAGGGCCCUUUCUCCUGAUGAGAUUUUGCUCUACUACAAUGCAGCCAUAGGACAAGCCAUGGUUUCUGUUACAACACAGAGUGUCACAGAGGAAGUCACCUCAACCUCACCAACAGUUAGAGCCACUGAAGUGAGUCCUCCUGUCGUCAGCAGUCAGCGCGAGGAGGUGCAAAGCUCCCAGGACCCGGGCCCUAUGCCAGUGUUAGGCUUUCUACAGGCACUGCCCAACAGGACCAUUCCUCACAACACCGCCAACAACCUCACACAGGCUUUUCUCAAAAGUGUGGAAGAAGUGCUUUCCUCUCCAGGGUUGCCGGAGCAGCAUUCAAGCCCUGUGGUCAGCGGGCUGAUUGAGACCGUGGACAGAGUGAUGGAACACAUGGUGACGAACCUGGAGCCUAGCCCGAACACUCUCAUCUCCCUGGGUGGAACAUCUUUUGUUGCAGAUUACUCUCUGAUGAAAUUCCCACAGAACUACAACCUGCCGCAUUACCGCUUCCCCACAGAAGGAAAGAACUACAUCUCAGUGCCUGGAGAAGCUUUUACCAUGCAGUCUCAAACCACCAUUGUUGGCCUCUACUACCACAACAUGCACAACUACUACAAAGAAAUCAGCCCAUAUAAGACCAGGAUUAAUGAAGCCACUGAUUUCAAGGAUCAUAAGAUCCAGGUGGCCAGCUGCUUAAUUUCUCUGAAAGUGGAGCCUUCCCCAGCCCUGUCUGUCAACCUGUCUGGGGCCCCGCUUAUUAAAAUUGUCCUCACCCACGCCCUGACUAAAGAACAGCAGGAUCAAGUCUUAAAUCACAGCAAUAAAGUCUUCCUCUACUGUGCCUUUUUGGACUACAGUUCAAACGAAGGAGUAUGGUCCAACGAAGGUUGUGUUCGCUCAGAGGGAAACAUGACUUACUCCGUGUGCUUGUGCAACCACCUCACGAACUUUGCAAUUCUCAUGCAAGUAGUGCCUAUAGAGCUCACCACUGGCCACCGGGUGGCACUCUCAACCAUUGGUUAUGUCGGCUGCUCCAUUUCUAUCUUCUGUCUUGCCAUUACUUUGGUUACAUUUGCAGUCCUGUCGUCAGUAAGUACCAUUCGUAACCAACGCUACCAUAUCCAUGCCAACCUGUCCUUUGCCAUCCUGGUGGCGGAGAUCUUACUGCUCAUCAGCGCUCGCUUUGACCCAGGAACACUGCCUUGCAAGAUCAUGGCUGUUCUGCUUCACUUCUUUUUUCUGAGCGCCUUUGCCUGGAUGCUGGUGGAGGGCCUCCAUCUCUACAGUAUGGUUGUCAAGGUGUUUGGCUCUGAGGGAAGCAAACACUUUUACUACUAUGGCAUUGGCUGGGGUUCUCCAUUAUUGAUCUGCGUGGUGUCCAUGACAUCAGCUCUGGAUAGUUAUGGCGAAGUUGACAACUGUUGGCUGUCACUGAAAAAUGGAGCCAUCUGGGCAUUUGUGGCACCAGCUCUGUUUGUCAUUGUGGUAAACAUUGGGAUUCUGAUAUCUGUGACCAGGAUCAUAUCUCGAAUCAGUGGAGAAAAUUAUAAGGUUCAUGGAGAUGCAAAUGCAGUCAAACUGACUGCAAAGGCAGUGGCUGUACUCCUACCUAUUCUAGGCAUUUCCUGGAUUUUUGGCGUUCUUGCAGUCAACACACACUCUUUGGCAUUCCUAUAUAUCUUUGCUAUAUUCAACUCAUUACAAGGGUUCUUUGUCUUCUUGUUUCAUUGUCUUCUCAACUCUGAGGUCAGAGCUGCUUUCAAACAUAAAACCAAAGUGUGGUCACUUACCAGCAGUUCCAUCCGUAACAUCAAUGUGAAACCCUUCAACUCUGACAUUAUGAAUGGAAACAAGGAAGGCGUUACUCCCACUAAGAUGAACACAUGGGACAAAAGCACCAACUCAGCAAAUCGUAUCGACCUCUCAGCCGUGUAGAGAAACACAUCACCAUGUUUCUAUGUGGCAGGAGAGCACUCUGGUGUAAACUGACAAACACUGGCCAGAAAAUGUUCCCACUAUUUUAUUUGUGAAUUACUCAUUCAACCAUUCAAGUGAAAGUGACACCAGGGUAUUGAGGGCGUUUCUAACUUAAUAUCAUCUUCAACUUUAAAGACAAACAGACCAAGGACUGUGCCUUAUUAUUGUCUCAUUUAUAAAUACAUUGUGUUCCCCAAAACAGGAGCAGAUAUAUCCAAGGAAGUCAGUGAGGCCCAUAAACUAUAACUGUAGUUUAAUGUUUGACCAUUCCUCUCAGUUGAGUGUUGAAUGGAACAUCUGUCUAAUGCGACUGAUUUACUAUUUGACCAGAGAUGAUUGAAAUAACAGGGAUACACUCUGACAUUUCCUUCUAAAAUAGACUGUUGAAUUUGCAGAAAGUAUACCAAGUAUUAAAAUCUGACCUGAUAGUAUAUUUUCAAAUGUAGUUAGGGCUACAAAUGUAAUAUGAAGGUAGAAAAAUCAAAUAAAGUGUAAUGUGUUUCUACAAAGACAAAUCAGUUUUGCAGAAAAAACUUCCACUUAUUAAUUGUAAUUCAAUUCUGGAGACAGUAUAACAGAGGAACUGCAUAAUAACAAUAAAUAAUGUUGCAGUGCCAUGUCCAUGUAAUUUUGGUGUAAUGUAUUUAUUUAUUUUGUGAUUCUGAGUAAUUUUUUAUGACUUCUGCAAAGUUUCACAGCUCAACAAUCAGUAUGUUCUCAUGUUAAGUUUUGUGUCUUUAUUUUUUUGUGUGUUAUUUUUUCCUUUCAAACUGAACUGACUGGUAUUUUUGCAGUACCUCACAUCUUAGUAAGCUGCAUUAUGUUAUACUCUUUGAAAAAUAGUGAAUAUUAGUUGUGUUUUGGACACAAUUCUGUGAAGUUUUAAUGGCGUCUUUGGCUUUUUCUUUCCAUUACGUUUUAUUACUUUUUUGUAAAAUAAAAUAUGAAAUCUGCUCUACAACAGGGGCUGUUACUUUUGAAAAGGUUGUUUUUUCUUAGUGUACUGUGAGAAUCGAGGAUGAUGACGUAUUUAAGAUGUCAAAGAUCUUACACUGUACCAGCGUUUCAUUUCCUUUAACAGGAUUUACUGUAAGUCACUCUGCACUCACUUUCCAUGUCAGAUUUUAGUUUAAAUAUAUCAGUAUUUCUAAACAUGUAUAAGGCCUUUAUUGAUUGUUGUCUUAUGGUACUAUGGUUUGUGCUUCCCAAUUAUCUUUAUUAAAAAAUGUUUAUGACAAGAA